CGCCGCAGUACAUAAGCCGCCCUCAGAGUCCACAGUAACGGUAGAGGAAGUUCGUCCACCACUCCGCCAACAUGGCCGCCAUCUUCCGUGUCCUCGUCUGCACGCUCCUGAUUGUUGUCGGUUCUGGGCAGACUUCAGGAAAUUGUUUUAUCUUUCGUUCCGAUUGGAUUUUCUCCCAGCUGCAUUCCCGAGGAUGUCUGCCUGCCCAGUUUACCACCCUACCCUACAGCCUAAAGAAAUACGCGUGCUUUAUCCGCGUGUCUUGGACCCCACUCCCGGCCCAGUGUCAGAAGAAGUCCAGGGCCAACCCUGUCAAAACGCACCCGUGGGCGACACAGUGUAUCGACGACCUGAAACUUCCCGCCGCCUACAACUGUCUCGCAACCAGCCGGGGCCUGCUCAACCACCCAGAGGCCACGUCCUCCAAGCCAGCCUCCUGCGAGGCGGCCGCGUCGCUCGUCUGGGGGCUGAAGGAUUUCGUGGAAGAGCUGAGCGAUGAUCCGGUCUGGGUGGCCACCACCCGACAGAGCAUCGACUACUGUGCCGAGAACGCCGACCGGAGCCUGACGCUGGGCCAGCUGGCUGUCCACCACCUGAUGUGCCUCGAGUGGAUGUGGUACGACAACUGCGACCGCCGGCAGGAGCGACACAGUAAGCUGGACGAGGCGGGCGCGCGGCGCCGGGCCACCUUCCUCACCGCCGGCUGUCCUCUCAGCCCCAACACCCUGAGGACAGCCCUGGAGCGAAUCACCCAACGCUCGCUGAAAACAUGUAACAGAGUGCGUAAAAAUGAAAGAGACCCCCAUCGGCUGUAUUCGGGGCACCUCAAAACUCUUGUCUGCCUCUUGAGGAAGUUCACCAACAGAAAAGGCCAGAUGGAUGUUGGCAGUCUGAAGGGCGCAAUCAUAAGUCAAACCAAAGAUCAGGGAAAAGGAUGUGCAAAAGGGAAUGGGAAGGAUGAAGGAAAAGGAAAGCGGAACGGAGACCCGGAUGACAAUGGAGAAGAAUGGCAGUACUGUGGUCUGCUGGAGAUCGCAGACAACUGUGACGGCGCUAAGACUGCCGAGCAGUUCGCCAAGUGCUGGGCCGAGUACGGCUCCCCCAGCUGCGGCUACCAGCUGACCAAUACGCUGGCCACCCGGCUCCCCGGCGGGUGCAACGUAAAACCGAUCAGAAAUUACUGGCAGUGACCGAUACGCUAUCCGAGACAGCGGGCAGCGGCCACAAUAACUGGUCACAGCAACAGGCGCCGCAGGGUUCGCGUGCUGUGACGCAAAUCUGCGCACAUCGGCCGAUAUCUUUCUGCUGGAGGCCUGCGUUUCUUAUGUAACCAACCAUGUAUUCAACUGGUUUAUUUUCGGGGAAAUAUAAUGCCAUUCUGA